UUUAGUAUUUAAGCUUAAGGUUAUAAGGUGCUCGCAUGGAAUUGAUUUAAUUCAAUUUCAAUUGAUCUUUGGACAUGGACGAGGAAAUUAUAUCAAGAGGAAAGAACACUUGAGGAAUUGAUGGAAUGGAUUGGCUAUUUAGAGCCGAUAACAGUCGAGGAACCCUCUCGCCAUGGGUUGCCUGUCGAGUAAAGACAAGCUGACGAAGGAAGACAUGGAUUUCCUGAAGUCGCACACGAGGUACGAUGAGGCGACCAUCAAGGAGUGGUACAAAGGAUUUAAGCAAGACUGUCCGAAUGGCCGACUGACUCCUGCGAAGUUCGUCGAUAUGUACAAAAUGUUCUUCCCAAGCGGAAAUGCGGAAGAGUUUUGCGACCAUGUCUUCCGGACAUUUGACAUGGACAAGAAUGGAUAUAUCGACUUUAAGGUAACUGAUAGAAUUUGUUUUUGA